UGUUAAACUUUACUCUAUAGGAGUUGGUGAAACACUCCUGUUGCAGGCGAAAUCCUUCAUCAGUCGAUUCCUUGAUAAACGCAUACUUGAUGCUUGUGAAGAAGCAAUAUGUUAUCUAACCAGAGCAGCUAGUCAACGUCCUGAUUUAUCUUGUAUCUGGAAGAUGUUAGGUGAUGCCUGUACCAUAUUGAAUGUUGUUGAUAUAAAUAAUUUUAGAAAAUUGAUGGUCCCUUGUAAACUUACAACGGCAAAUGCACCUAAUCCAGAAAAUAAAAUAUCUUUACAUAAAAUUAGUAUCAUGGAACUGGGAUCGAAAUGUUAUGGCAAAGCAAUAAAAUGUUUCCCAGAAUGUUCUUCGUUGUGGCAUGACCUUGGGGUCAGCUUCAUGUACCAGACGAAGGAAAUUGAAGCCAUGUAUUUGAGGAAGGGUCAGCACAAAUCCGUGGAAGUCGAGAGAAAGGCCCAGAAAGUUAUUGAGAUCUUAAAGCAAGCUGUGACCCUUGACCCACAGAAUUUCCAACACUGGAAUGCCCUUGGUGUGGCUGCUUGUACAGAAGUUGUAUACAACCCAAGGUUGGCCCAGCAUUGUUUUGCCAAGGCCAUUCAGCUAGACAGCAACAAUGUUGUGCCCUGGACAAAUUUAGGAGCCCUUUACCUGCGGAAUCAAAAUCUCCUGCUUGCUCACGAAGCCUUCUCAGUGGCUCAGAGUCUUGAUCCUAAUUAUGUCACCUGUUGGAUUGGACAGGCAUUUAUUGCUGAUACUGUUGGCCAUGAUGAAGCCAUGGAUUUGUUCCGUCACACCACCGAACUUGGUAAUCAUGUGGAAUCUCUUAUUGGAUAUGGCCAUUGGGUUUGUUCCAUGUUACUAGAUGAGACCAAACAUGACACUUCACUCUACCGCUAUAAUAUUGAGCGCAUGUCUGUUGUACCUGCUGCCUGUGAUGCUCUUUCAAAAUACACAGAACGUAUCCAAGACAGUGCUGUUGCCUUCAACAUGUAUGGUCUCCUACUGGAACGGCACGGAUUACAUUCUAUGGCAGAAAAGGCAUUUUCUAAGGCUAUUGAUUUGCUGGAGAAAGAAAAAAAUGAAAAUUCUGAGUUCCAGUUAAAGGUCCAGUGUAAUCUGGCUCGAAUACUUAGCACUCUGGGUGAUUUUAAAGGUGCUCUAGACCAGUACAAAAUUAUUGGAAGCAAUUUGGAUUUCGGUGGUACUUGUGGACUUGCUUUGACUUUGUUUAAGGCAGGCCAGUUUUAUGAGAGCUAUCAAGAGUAUAGUAAAGCCCUGCAGAUGACCGAAGAGUUUGAUUCCCAAGUGAUGACUGCUCAAGCAAUUGCCUUAUUAAACAUGGGUAAAAUUAAAGAAGCUGUCAAACUACUAAUGACAGGUUCUCAAAUGUCUGUGCCCUCGGUGGAAGGCCUCAAGGCUCUUUGUGCUAUUGCUUUAAUACGAGCUGAUCAUGUUUUGGCAUCAGCUGUGGUCCAGGAACUGACGAAGAUCGAAGAUCCUAAAGGAGACCACUUAGCGGACAUCACAUGGCUCUGUGCUGCUGAAUUCUUUGCUAAGGAUGAGGUAAAGGCUGGUUGCAACUACAUCCGGAGAACUAUACAGAAAUAUCCAUGGAAGGCAUCAUUGUGGAUAUUAUUAGCCAAAGCCAUCAUGUGGUUUGCACCGGAAGACACUCAGAUGGCAUCCACUUGUGUGUUGUACGCACAGCAACUUGAUGAGAGUUUGAAUAAGGAUGUGGCCCCUAUCUUGGUCCAGAGUCUCCUUGCAGCUGGUUUGCAUUGUGCCAGAAAUGGGAAUCGAAAUGGUUUCUCGGUAGCACAGAAGGCUUACCAUGUUCACCCAGACGAUCUCAGUAGCAUGUUGAAUCUGAUCCCAGGAAUUCAUGCUGGUGCCUUGAUCAAACAAUGUGUCAUCGAGAAGGCUCCAGAUAACCUUUAUUUCACUGAGAUGAUGUUUCUGGAUCAUGUACUGCUAGAGUUAUCAGGUGAGAAAUGGAUUUCCUCAUAAUCCCAUUAUGCUUUA